CUCUUCCCUUUCCUCCUCCUCUCUAUCAUCACCUCCUCCUCUUCUGCACCUCCUGUCGUGAUGACACCCCCCCUCUCUUUAUCAUCACCGUGUUUUCGGUUCGCUCCUCUAUCACCUCCUCCUCCUUCAGCGGAGGAGAGACACAGUCAGGAUGUCUCUCAGCCGCUUCUGGUCCAGAACUCUCCGCUCCGUUUUCCCUAUGCUCCUCCUGGUUCUGGUUCCGCGGUGCCUCCUGCACCCGCAGCCCUGUCACCUCCUGACGCAGAUCGGGCACACGGUGCGCGUCGGCGCGCUCCUGCCGGCGCAGCGUGCGGCUCGUUUUCAGGUCCAGGCGGCACUGAGCCGCGCCGCGGUCAUGAUGAGCUCGGACCUGGAUCUCGAUCCGCAUCCGGACUGGGGCCGGGACCCCGAGCGACCCAACCCUCUGCCCUAUAACCUGAGUCUGGAGCUGGUGUCCUGGAAGCCGGCCGCCGCGGACCCGGAGUCCGUGUUCCGGUGCGUGUGUGAGGGCGUUGCGGUGCAGGGAGUGUCCGCCGUGCUCGCCUUCCCUCAGAACCGGGACGAGCUGCUUCAAGUGGACUUCCUGUCCGCGGUGUUGCAGAUCCCGUUCCUCAGCAUCAUUGAAGAGGGGGAGACGCUGCGCACGCAGAAUCAGUUCCACCUGCAGAUGAUGACAGGGAUUCCUGACUCUGGUCUGUCUGAUCUGGUCUUGGGAGUUCUGCGGCGGUCCGGUUGGAGGGAGGGUACUAUGGUUCUGUGUCGCGGCUGGGAGGAAACGCAGACUCUCCUGCAGCUCCUGGAGGGUCGGAGCAGUGCAUUGUGGGACAGCCAAUCUUGGGUCACCUUGAACAUGCAGGCCCUUCUGAACCUGACACAAUGGUCACAUGACGACACGCAGAUCCGUCAUUUUCUGUCCCAGCACUUCAGACAGAAGCAGCCUCUGCCAGCGUUGGUGCUGCUGUUUGGUUCUGAUCCACAGUGUGCAGCUGCAGUACUGCGCAGUGCUCAGGACUUGGGCCUCACCUUACCCACGAUGCACUGGGUGCUGGGCCAGCCACUCAACCCUGAAACACUACAGACCAUUGGGCUGCCUCUUGGUCUUCUGGCAUACGGACAGGUGAACCGUAAACCGCUGGACUUUUACAUCAGAGACGCUCUCCAGCUCAUCACUACGUCCAUCACUGCGGCGUCUGUGCUGAGACCAGAACUCUCACGGAUCCACAACUUUGUCGACUGCUACAACAAACACACUAAAAAAGAGGUGACAUCAUCAGGACAGUAUUUGUCCAGGUUUUUGUCCAACGUGUCUUUCUCUGGUGUGACGGGUCUUGUCAGAGUUCUCCAGGACCAGUCUCAGGUCUUAACCUCACAGCGAUUUCACAUUUGGAGCCUGCGACGAAACGCUGUGGGUCAACCGUCCUGGGUGACAGUGGGAACCUGGGAGGGAGGUCAGCUGCAGUUGGAAGAUCAGGGAUUAUGGCAAAGACACAGGCAUCACCACAGGACAGAGGGAUUGGGCAGUAGGGCCAGGGUUCGCUGGAGGGCAGGGACGCCUGUGAUGGGGAGUCGUGUCCGUGUGGUGACUCUAGUGGAACAUCCCUUUGUGUUCACGCGUGAUGCAGAUGUUGAGGGCACCUGUCCAGCCGGACAGUUCUGCCUGGAUGCUGGAACCAACAGCUCAGAGACUCUGGAGAGGUUCUUCAGGGAAGUGGCAGAGGGAAACAGCAGCUUUCUCCCUGCACACUACAGCAAGUGUUGCUAUGGUUACUGCAUUGACUUGCUGGAGAAGCUGGCCGAGGACCUCGGCUUUGAGUUUGACCUUUACAUUGUCGGAGAUGGGAAGUAUGGUGCGUGGAAGGCGGGUCGGUGGACUGGGCUGGUGGGGGAUCUUUUGAAUGGACUGGCAGAUUUGGCCGUCACCUCCUUUAGUAUCAACUCGGCUCGAAGUCAGGUGAUUGACUUCACCUCACCCUUCUUCUCGACCAGCCUGGGUAUACUGGUGCGCAGUAAAGAUACGGCAGCUCCCAUCGGAGCCUUCAUGUGGCCCCUGCAUUGGUCCAUGUGGGUUGGUGUUUUCCUGGCACUGCACAUCACAGCACUCUUCCUCACACUGUAUGAGUGGAAGAGUCCAUUUGGAAUGACACCACACGGACGCAACAGAAUGAAGGUGUUCUCAUACUCGUCAGCUCUAAACCUGUGUUACGCUGUCCUGUUUGGGCGUACAUUUUCCACCAAGACACCAAAGUGCUGGACUGGUCGGUUCCUGAUGAAUCUGUGGGCCAUCUUCUGCUUACUCGUGCUGUCCAGCUACACGGCAAACCUUGCUGCUGUCAUGGUGGGAGAGAAAACCUUUGAGGACGUCUCAGGGAUCCACGAUGCCAAGCUGCACCACCCCUCACAGGGUUUUCGUUUUGGGACGGUCCGGGAGAGCAGCGCUGAGGAUUACAUGAAAAACAGUUUUCCAGAGACACAUGAGUACAUGAGACAUUUCAAUGAGCCGACUACACCUGAAGGAGUUGCUGCACUCAAGACAGAUCCCCCUCGUCUUGAUGCUUUCAUCAUGGACAAAGCUCUACUGGACUACGAAGUUUCCAUUGAUGCUGAUUGUAAACUGGCAACAGUUGGAAAACCAUUUGCCAUUGAAGGUUAUGGCAUCGGUCUCCCUCAGAACUGUCCUCUGACGUCCAACAUCUCUGAGAUCAUCAGCAGAUAUAAAUCAGAUGGAUUCAUGGAUCUGCUGCACGACAAGUGGUACAAAGUGGUUCCGUGUGGAAACAGAGUGUUUGCUGUUACUGAGACUCUUCAGAUGGGGAUCGGUCACUUCUCAGGACUCUUUGUGUUGUUGUGCUUUGGAGUGGGUGGAGCUUUGCUGGCUCUGGCAGGUGAACAUGCGUUCUAUCGACUUGUCCUACCACACAUCCGCCGUCGACAGAGGCUUAAGUAUUGGCUGCACACAUCACAAAAAAUCCAUCGAGCUCUGAACAUGUCGUAUGAUGACGUGAAGAAACAGCGAUUGGACAAAGGAAAAAGCUGUAAGUUACUAAACCCUCAACCUCCCUGUGGGCCCCCGGCUCCUGGGCCCCUGGCUUCUGGGCCCCUGGCUUCUGGGCCCCUGGCUCCUGGGCCCCCGACUUCUGGAGUCUCUGCUAAGUGGAACAAUGAGACCAGAAUGGACACUGCUGCUGUCCUCUCAGAUGCUCGAGACUUCAAACAAGUGAAUUUUAACCUGGAGACCCUCAAUACCCGGCGCCUACUUGCUCGUCUUGCUGCUUCUGAUAUCAAAGGAGGUGGAGCUAAAUGUCAGGUGGCAGAAUCAGCCAAUCGUACAGCAGAGACAAACUGCAUGGUUUGUGAGAACGGAGGACCAGCAGCCUCUCUUACCAGCCUGGUUCGGUCCCUACCCUCCGUCUCCUCGUCUGCUCAACCCAAAGCAGCUGCUCAUUCUCUUGUACCUAUAGUCAGUCCCCUUGCAGCCCCGCCCUCUGCUGCAGUGGCCCCGCCCCUCACAGGUGAGCUACAGGAGCUCAAAGACCAGAUUGAACAGAUGAGGGAGAAGUUGAGAACAGCAUUGGCAAGACGGGCUGAGAUCCAGACCAGUCUGUCCAACCCUGCAGCCACAGUAACAAACAACAUUCCUCCGGUAACCAUGACAACAACAGUGACAACACCAACAAAUACAGGAGUUCUGGCAAACCCCUCACCUGCCGUUGCCAUAGCAAUGCUGUCCCCUGCCAAGAAGUGUGUGAUGACGAUGACGGAGCCUCGUCUCAAAGUUCUGUCCAAAGUCCGACCCGUUCACAGAGGACUGUCCAUUCAAAGGACGUGAUGUCUCUGAUCGGGUUAAUAGUCACAUGACAAGUAAAGAAAUGAUAAAAAAUAUAUACAUGUAUGUGUGUAUAUAUUUUAAAAGGUUUAACAGCAAUAAUAAUAUUAAUAAUACUGUUUAUAAUAAUACUGAAAAUGCUUCCAAAUGUUUUUCUUGUUGAACUGAAAUGUAAAAAAUAAUCUUAAUAGAUUAA